CAUAACCACGUCUCGACACUGUCGUCGAUCCCCGUUUCCAUUCUGCAACAACAUCAUUAUCUGGCGUCUUUUUUCACGACCUUCACCCUCUCUUACUUUUUGACUUCCGCCAUUGAUAGCUUGCGUCUUGUCAGCUUCUGGACGACCUCGACACACCCUGAAUAACAGCUCUUCACAACCAUCCUCUGUUUAUCCCGUCGUCCGGUUCAACCCGUUCAUGCCUCGAUAAACAGUGAGCCUCAUACGCCCCUCUAUAGAGAUUGCAGGGAGCAUCCAGGCCUAUACGACAGCUAUUGAGGUCUACCUUGUCCUGUGAAUCUGCUCAUUGAUUCACCACCUUCCUCGCGUCAACUGCAAGCCACCAACACUAUGCUUGAUACAGUCUUCACCCCUCCGUCAUAAAAUUUCCAUGGACGGGAUUCACCCUCGCCAUACUUCAAAUUCUCUUGGUGUAGCCCUACGACAUCCAUCUACCUCCGGCUUAAUACCCUCAUCACCUUGCACCAGUUGCUCAUCACGAUUUUCUGCUUGACAGCCUCGUUGCCUCAUAUCAUGCGUCUCGGCGAAAAGGAUCCCGCUACUGUGGAUGGCAACAUAGGACAAAGCUCCACCUCCAUUACUGAACUGCCAAAUAUACCAGAGGACCCAACCAUGGCGCUAUCGAGCGAGAGCAUGGUCACUCGGUUUCGCAACUUCGUGUCCACCCCUUUUACCGCCGCCUUUUGCGCUGGAGGCGUUGCUGGCGCUGUCUCCCGUACAGUGGUUUCCCCACUGGAACGCUUGAAAAUUUUAUACCAGGUUCAAGAUGCUGGCCGGAACGAGUACAAGAUGUCCAUUGCCAAGGCACUGAAAAAGAUGUACAAAGACGAAGGCUGGAGAGGGUUCAUGAGAGGGAAUGGAACCAAUUGUGUUCGAAUCGUACCCUACUCUGCUGUGCAGUUUGGGGCAUACAACGUCUACAAACGUUUCGCGGAACCGACUCCUGGGGCCGAUCUUGACCCUCUCCGUCGUCUCGUAUGUGGAGGACUGGCAGGUAUCACUUCAGUCACAUUCACUUACCCCCUAGAUAUUGUACGAACACGAUUGUCUAUACAGUCGGCGUCAUUUGCGGCCCUUGGAAAGCACGAGGGCAAGCUUCCCGGAAUGUGGAAGACAAUGGUCACCAUGUACAAGACUGAAGGUGGAAUACUUGGUCUUUAUCGGGGCAUCAUCCCCACCGUUGCCGGCGUGGCACCGUAUGUUGGAUUGAACUUCAUGGUUUACGAAUCUGUUCGUAACUACUUCACCGAACCAGGCGAAAAGAAUCCUGUCUGGUACCGCAAGCUAGCGGCCGGGGCAAUCUCGGGAGCAGUUGCGCAGACAUGCACAUAUCCAUUCGACGUGCUCCGACGCAGAUUUCAGAUCAACUCCAUGACCGGCAUGGGGUAUCAAUACAAGUCGAUAUGGGACGCCAUUCGGACCAUCGUGAGGCAAGAGGGGAUUGCUGGCAUGUACAAGGGCAUUGUGCCUAAUCUCCUCAAGGUUGCUCCCAGCAUGGCCAGCAGUUGGCUUAGCUUUGAGAUGACUAGGGAUUUCCUAGUCAGUCUUGCAGAGGACGAGUCGGAUCCUGUGUGAUCCUUGAGAGCAUGGUGUGAUUCGGAGAUCGUGCCCAGAGUCGGUGCAAUGAGCCUCAAAGGAUGUGCUAAAUCUUUGGGUUUCCGAUAAAGUCCUACUAAAGAGGGGUUUGGGUCUACGGAGAGACAUCAGAUGACUGGAGAUUGGCUUAGUUGAAGCAGCGUCAUUACUGACCCAACGGGACCGACACAGUUUGUGAUGCCGUAUGGGCGUAUGUACAAAUGGAUUUCUACGCGACACUGAUUGGAAACUUGACAUUUGGAUGGAGUCAUUGGAUAGGAAAGCCAUUAGAUAGAGAGCAUCGGAUGGGCGGCAUGUCUUGGAGUCCAGCCAUAUAUAAGAAUGGGGGUUCCAGAGCUCCUCCUUGUCAC